AUGCACAUGACUCCCCCGCCUGCUUCACCUGUUCCGUCCGCAGUCUCCUCUACAGCAAACUCUCAACAUUCACAUGACCCUCGGGAUGGAGACCCUUCGGUAACACGCGCCUUAGCGGGCAUGAAUCUGUCCGUGGUUAAUGGGGAUGCCCACGCCCUACCCCCACCGGCAUCCCCAGCUACGAAACCGCUGAAAGGGAAUAUGGCAAGCCGUAUCUCUCGAAUGUUCUCCACACAGGGGAAACAAUCCCCGAGCCUCAAUAAGGACCAUGAUGUCCAUCGGGACUUCUCCGAUAGCAGUCUAGACAGUAUCCAACCACUUCACAACUCUAAAGAAAAACCAACCUCAAAACCUUCGUCUCGAACCAACUCUCGACCUCCAUCUCAAACUCCCUCCCGCCAACCAUCACUUAAGAAUGAACCCAUUGAAAAGGAGACGAAAAAGAAGAUCAUGAAUAGCAAAGAACAAAAGGAGGGUCUUCCGCCACACAAGCGUUUCGAAAUUCUGACUGAAGCUCUCGGAAACCACUCUCAUCAUCUCCGUAGUGCUAGGAGACAGGAAAAAUUGACCGACCUGCUCCGUGACAUGCUAGGCGGCGGCCGAAAGAAAGGAGAUGACCAGGUCGAUGAGCAGCAACUUUCUCUUAUGUCAACUUGGAUCGACCAGUUUAAAACUGAGCGGGAUAAGCUGGCUGCUGAUAAGAAAGGUGGUCCCAACGCCACGGCCUCCCUGGUUGAUAAAUAUGGAAAAUGCCAGGAAAUUGUUGGCCGUGGCGCAUUCGGCAUUGUCCGGAUCUCUCAUAAGGUUGAUCCACAAGACUCAAAAUGUGAACAGCUGUACGCCGUCAAGGAGUUUCGGCGACGACCUCAGGAGACAGCCAAGAAAUAUCAGAAGCGACUUACCUCAGAAUUCUGUAUUUCUUCAUCUCUUCGUCAUCCAAAUGUGAUUCACACCCUGGAUCUCCUGCAAGAUGCCAAGGGUGAUUACUGCGAGGUUAUGGAAUAUUGUGCUGGUGGUGACUUGUACACACUGGUGCUUGCAGCUGGUAAAUUGGAGGUCGCUGAAGCAGACUGUUUCUUUAAGCAGCUCAUGCGCGGAGUUGAGUACAUGCACGAGAUGGGCGUUGCGCACCGAGAUCUGAAACCUGAAAAUCUACUUCUGACUACCCAUGGUGCUCUCAAGAUCACAGAUUUCGGUAAUGGUGAAUGUUUCCGCAUGGCCUGGGAGAAGGAAGCGCAUAUGACAGCUGGUCUCUGUGGAUCUGCCCCUUACAUCGCUCCCGAGGAAUACACCGAAAAGGAAUUCGAUCCUCGUGCUGUCGAUCUGUGGGCUACCGGAGUGAUCUACAUGGCUAUGCGCACUGGACGUCACCUCUGGCGCGUUGCUCGCAAGGAUGAGGAUGAAUUUUAUCAGCGAUACUUGGAAGGACGCAAGCAUGAGGAUGGAUAUGCGCCCAUUGAGACGCUGCAUCGGGUAAGCAUGAACAGAGUAUCCCCUAUUACAGGAUCAAAUCUAACAAUUCCAUUUUCAAAGGCUCGCUGUCGCAACGUUAUCUACUCUAUUCUGGAUCCAAAUCCCUCUCGCCGUAUCAAUGCUUCUCAGGUUCUUAAGUCUGAGUGGGUGCGGCAAAUCAAACUGUGCAAGGCAGGAGAGGAAGGGUUCUAG